CUAGAAAUGGCGAACCCUAAAUCUCUCUCACUCUUUCUUCUCUCGCUUUUAGCGAUCGCUUCUGCAGAAGUCUUCUUCGAGGAGCGUUUCGAAGAUGGAUGGGAAAAUAGGUGGGUUAAAUCUGAUUGGAAGAAAGAUGAGAAUACAGCUGGUGAAUGGAAUUAUACCUCUGGAAAGUGGAAUGGAGACCCUAAUGACAAAGGUAUUCAAACAAGUGAAGAUUAUAGGUUCUAUGCUAUUUCAGCUGAAUUCCCUGAAUUCAGUAAUAAAGAUAAGACUCUAGUCUUCCAAUUUUCUGUCAAGCAUGAACAGAAGCUUGACUGUGGUGGUGGUUACAUGAAGUUGCUCAGUAGUGGCACUGACCAGAAGAAAUUUGGUGGUGACACUCCAUACAGUAUCAUGUUUGGACCCGAUAUAUGUGGCUACAGCACCAAAAAAGUUCAUGCUAUCCUUAACUACAAUGAUACAAACCACUUGAUCAAAAAGGAAGUUCCAUGUGAAACCGACCAGUUAACUCAUGUUUACACAUUGGUCAUCCGUCCAGAUGCUACUUAUAGCAUUCUUAUCGACAAUGUGGAGAAGCAAACUGGUAGUUUGUACACUGACUGGGAUCUUCUUCCACCUAAGAAAAUCAAGGACCCUGAGGCCAAGAAACCAGAAGAUUGGGAUGAGAAGGAGUAUAUUCCUGACCCUGAGGAUAAGAAACCAGAGGGUUAUGAUGACAUUCCAAAGGAGAUUCCAGAUCCCGAUGCCAAGAAGCCUGAGGAUUGGGAUGAUGAGGAAGAUGGUGAAUGGACUGCCCCAACCAUUGCCAACCCUGAGUACAAGGGUCCAUGGAAACCCAAGAAAAUUAAGAACCCCAACUACAAGGGCAAGUGGAAAGCACCAAUGAUCGACAACCCAGACUUCAAGGAUGACCCAGAAAUCUAUGUUUACCCCAACUUGAAGUAUGUUGGUAUUGAAUUGUGGCAGGUGAAAUCUGGAACCUUGUUUGACAAUGUCUUGAUUUGCAAUGACACUGAGUAUGCUAAGCAGCUGGCUGAAGAGACAUGGGGAAAGAACAAAGAUGCUGAGAAGGCAGCAUUUGAAGAGGCAGAGAAGAAGAAAGAAGAGGAGGAAUCAAAGGAUGAUCCAGCUGAUUCUGAUGCUGACGAGGACGAUGAUGAUGCUGAUGACACUGAAGGAGAAGAUGAUGGUGAAAGCAAAUCAGAUGCAGCAGAAGACAGUGCUGAGGACGUACAUGAUGAACUGUUUGCUGACAAGCGAUGGAGAUGAGCGGGGGCAUAUAGUAGUACUCCCAAAAUUUUUCUAUUUUCUUUUGAUUCGUAGCUGUAGGAGCUCUUGUAGGGAAAGAAAAAUAGAGAAAGUUGCACUGCAGAACUGCUUGGCUGAUUGUUUUAGUCCCCAUUUAAAACCUGUCUGAGCCUUUAGAACAAAGAAGAUGUCCUUUUAUAAUCAAAUUUAUGAUUUGAAUGUUCUACAA